AUGCUGCUUCGGAUACCGCUAUUACGCACCCGCUUAAGCCGCUACGGCGUACAGCGAUGUCGUUUCAACUCGACCAAGUCUUCCCCAGGCAGCGACGAGGUCGCCUCGGCGCUCCACUCGAUGCCGGCGCUGAUGGCAGAAGUGCUCGCCGCUAAGGAAGCAGUGAACCCUUCUAAAGCUACCUGGCUCGAUGCGUUAAGAGAGAGAGAAAAGCAGCUAGCUCAAGGUGUGGUUCUUGACUCGUACUCGUUCAAUGACCCCAAGACUUAUGAUGUUAAGGAGAAGACGAGAGCCGACUCGUUCACCUAUGUCAGUCUCCCAUUUAAGGAUAACAAGUGGUUGUGUGACGCCUACAUCAACGCCUUUGGCCGGUUGCGUGUGGGUCAAUUGUUCCAGGACUUGGAUGCCCUUGCUGGCCGUAUUGCCCACCGCCACUGUUCUCCCGCGGAGCCGAUGAACGUCACUGCUUCGGUUGAUAGAGUGUACAUGGUGAAGAAAGUCGACGAGAUUUCUCACUACAACUUCGUGCUUGCCGGUACCUGUACGUGGACAGGGAGACUGUCGAUGGAGAUCACCGUUAAGGGUUACGCCUACGACGAUACUAUUCCUGCCAAGAUCGACGAGGAUACGCUUGCCGACGAUAAAGUGUUCUUGACGGCUAACUUCACGUUCGUCGCUCGUGACCCUAAGACCCAUAAACUGUUUGCCGUCAACCGGUUAUUGCCAAUUCUGGAGCGGGAAUGGAUCGACUACCGCCGCGCCGAAUCGCACAACGCCAAGAAGAAGUUGUUGGCUCGCCACCACAAGCUCAUCGAACCCACGGAACAGGAACUGCAGUUGAUCUACAACAUGUGGCGGCUGACGAAAGUGAUGAUCGAGCUGGGGAGACCCAUCCCCAAGCUGACCCAGUUCAUGAAGGACACGUUAAUGCUGCUGGCGAUCUUGAUGCAGCCUCAGUACCGCAACCGCCACCUGUACAUGAUCUUCGGGGGCUACUUGUUGCGCCAGCUGUUUGAGCUCGCCUACGUGUGUGCUGGUGAGUUCUCGCUGGCGCCGCCGCGGUUUGUGUCGUUGGACCUGGUCACGUUUAAAAACCCCGUCCCCGUGGGGCUGGUGCUCACCAUGAACGCCCUGGUGGCCUACACCGAGCAUUUGCACGACAUCGGCUCCACCGCGGUGCUGGACCUGCCGUUCGACUUUAAGUUGCCUGCAACCAACCUGAUCAGCGAUAACCCUGACGCCUUCCUUUCGGAGCCGGGGACGGUGAUCCAGGUUAAGGUCGACACCCGCACCAAGCUGUUGGACGGCGACACCACCAAGGACGCCGGUACUUUUAUCUUCUCGUUCUUCGUGCCCAAGCUGGAACACACCCAGUUCUGCCUGGUGAUCCCCCAGCUGUACUCGGAGAUGAUGACCUACGUCGAAGGGCGCCGUCGCGCCGCCGACACCGCCCUGUACGUGGCGACGUUGCCCAAGCACGACGAACACAUCGGCUGGCACGACCGUCUGGAGUGCUAG